UGGAGACGGAGCACAGCCCCCAGUCUCCCGGAUCCGCGCGGGAGGACGCACCGACGGACAGACGGGGGGACGGGCGGGGGGGGCAGGGGGUGGGGAGGCCCGGGAGGCCCGGCGCUGGAAUGCAGUUUUCUCGGGCGAGGGAGACUUUGCAACCGAGUGGAAAAUAGUUUGGGGUGGGGUUUCGCCCGGUCCCCUCCUCCCCGGCCCAGGGCCCCCUCCCAGGCGCUUUCUGGGAGCUUUUAGAACCGAGCUCUGAAGUUGCCAGAGAGCGAGGAGCUUGUGCCGCAGGCGGAGACAAUGGAAGAAAAUGAAAGCCAGAAAUGUGAGCCGUGCCCUCCUCACUCGGCAGACAGCAGACAGAUGCAGGAACAAGGAAAAAGCAAUCUGCAUGUAACAUCAUCGGAAGAUGCAGAAUGCCGCAGGACCAAGGAACGCCUUUCUAAUGGAAACAGUCGUGUUUCAGUUUCCAAGUCUUCUCGAAACAUCCCAAGGAGACACACUUUAGGAGGGGCCCGAAGUUCCAAAGAAAUACUGGGAAUGCAAACAUCUGAGAUGGAUAGGAAGAGAGAAGCGUUCCUAGAACAUCUGAAGCAGAAAUACCCCCACCAUGCCUCAGCAAUCAUGGGCCACCAAGAGAGGCUGAGAGACCAGCUUGGGAGGAGGAAGCUGGCUGUAGAAAGGCUCAGCCUGAAAGCUCAGUCCUCUUUACCAAUGCAGCAAGAGGACAGGCCAAAGAGGAAGGGCUUUGAGAAUGUGCUCCCUUUGCGCGCUUUGUUUUCUGCUACCUUUCCAGUCUUCAGCUACCUGUUUUCUCUGGUUAUUUUGACAGCCAGACAUCGCCCAACUGUGGCUAGGGAUGUUUUUGUUUCUUGGCUGUGUGCAAUUACUUUUGAGCAGACAGAGCAGGUUUCCUUUGAAGGAAGACGACACAACCAGCUUUAA